AUGUUCAAGCUUUAUUCCAAAUUGAAGGCUGUCAAGAAGAUUCUCAAAGUGAAAAACUUGGAGAUAUUUGGAGGCUUGAGGAAGAAAGUAAAUAAGGCUAAAAAUGAACUUGAUCUGGCUCAAUCCGCUUUCAUUGCUUCCCAUGAGGAGAAUUUUUUAAAGCAAAAGGCUAGGAAUAAUUGGCUCAAUCUUGGAAAUGGAAAUACUCCUUUCUUCCAUAAGUCUGUUAAGCUGAGGAAUUCUGCCAAUCUUGUGAAAGUCUUAAAAGAUGAUGAAGGCAAUAGAGUGGAAGAUUGGGAGCAAAUCAAAGCUAUGGCUGUUGACAGAAUCACUAAGUUGAUUACAAGGAAGUUUUCUUCGGCUUGUGUUGGAGGUAUGGCUGCUGAUGUUACUAAAGAAGAGAUACGAAAGGUGGUGUUUUCUUUGAACAAAAACAAAGCUCCUGGACCAGAUGGCUUCUCUGCUGGAUUCUUUCAGAGAGCUUGGCCGAUUGUUGGUGAGGAUGUGAUUGAAGCUAUUCUUGAUUUUUUUUCUCUUAUGGUAAGCUCCUUAGAGAGGCUUCUUAAAGGGCUGGAUGAUAUUGUGGGUCCUAACCAAGGUGCAUUCAUUCCCGGGAGAAGUAUUGCAGAGAAUAUCCUGUUAGCUCAAGAGUUAUGUUCUGGAGCUCCAAGGAAGUUCAUUGGAUGGAUCCAGGAGUGUAUAUCCAGCCCGAGUUAUUCUGUGGCUUUAAAUGGUUCAUUGGUUGGUUAUUUUCCUAGCCAAAAAGGGUUGAGGCAUGGUGAUCCCAUGUCUCCCUAUUUGUUUGUCAUAACCAUGGAAGUUCUUUCCCUUCUUUUGGAAGAGGCUACUGCAGAUCCUCAGUUUGGGAGUAAGCAGGAUGUCCUAAACCUCUUACAAAUGAGUGAGGGAACUCUCCAUGUUCUUUACCUUGGAGUGCCACUGAUAACUAAGAGAUUGUCGGCUGUGGAUUGUGAUAGUCUGGUGAAUAAGAUUACUACUAGGAUUAAUUCCUGCUUCCAUGUUUUCUGGUCUAGAGUCUUUAUCCUUCCUAAGAAAGUGGUUAAGCUAAUUGAGCAAAAGCUUAACAGAUUUCUUUGGAGUGGGAAGGAUUCUAGAGCUAAUGCUAAGGUGGCAUGGGAUAAGAUUUGUACUCCUAAGAAGGAAGGUGGCCUCGAUGGCUGCCUUUUUGACAAGUUUGGCUAUCGUGUCAUUUAUGAUGCUGGCAGAAACAUAGGACCUCGAGUAUCUUCCAUUAUCAGGGAUGGAGAAUGA